UCCACUCCUGCCAAGUGUUAGAAUAACAAUGCUCCUGCUCACGCACUGUGGCUUUAUCUUGUCUGAAGCUUUGGGAUGAACUGAACACGGGAUCAGACUGAGCUGCUGCACUAUUUUUUGACAGGUACGGUCAUCCAUACAGAUCCAUCAGCUAGGGGAGCACCAUCUUCAGGGGCUGUUGUGGGCCAGGCAUAAAGCAUCUCACUUAAUGUGGUGAUAUUGUUGCGAGUUAUUAGCCUGCUGUAAAUUACCAAGAAGUACAGGUCUUGAUUCAAAAAUGUAAACAUGAUACCUUCUCUCAGUUCAGCUGUCUGCAAUACUGACUGAUUAGCCAUGGAAACUCCAGAACUUCCGCUUGAGAUCAUUUCCCAUAUCCUAAGCUUUCUUCAUGCAUCCGACCGAAAAGAAGCCUCACUGGUCUGCAGGAUCUGGUAUGAAGCAAGCCAGGAUCACCAAUUCCAGAAACAUGCCAUUUUCAAGUUUCCUGCAUCUGAAUCUUCGCUGGGGUUUAUCCGCGGUCUUGCUCGACGGACCUGUUGUGGCCUUGUAAUCAGUCACCUGGAUGGUUCCAGCUUGUCCCGGCAGGUUCUGAUGGAGGUGGGGCUUUACCUUGGUCCACAGCUGGAGACUCUAGCUAUGCCCUGCAGCAGCAUUACUGAGACAUCCCUUUUGGACCUGUUACCACACCUGACCGGCCUGCGCAAACUGGAUCUCAAUGGGCUGGACAGCCUCUUCAUGUCAGGAGCCUUUCUGAGCUGUGAGGAACAUCGAAAACAGGUACACGCAUCGCUGAAGAACCUUGAAGAGCUCAACCUGUCUGACCUGCGAUAUCUUUCUGACCUCACCUUCAACCGGCUGAUAGGCUGCACUCCAAAGCUUUGCAGUCUGGCUCUAGCUGGCUGUCACAUCGCUUUCGAGUUUGACCCCUACCGUGGCUGCGCCGUGGGCCUAGGUUCCUCGGCCAUCCUGUCCCUGCGGAACCUUUACCGCUUCCUCCAGCAGCAAGCAUUCACCUUGCGCAGCCUAGACCUGAGCCGCACCUGCAUUACCCCGGAGUCGCUUCGUUCCAUGGCCCAGGUCCCUCACCUCCGACUGGAGGUACUUAGCCUGCGAGGCUGCAAAGAGCUCACAGACUACUCCAUUGAGCUGCUGUGCAGGCACCAGUCGGGGCUCCAGAGUCUAGACCUGAGUGCCUGCACUGAACUAACCAACCGGACUGUGCUGGCUGUGGCCAUUGGACUGAAGAGGCUCCGGACACUCUCGGUUGCUCAAGACUGGAGGAUGACUGAUAAAGGGCUGGAGAAUUUAAUGGCACUGUCCGGGUUGGAAAACCUGGACCUGUCUGAGUGCUUGCAUGUGGGUGGGGCAGACCUGGUGAAGGGACUGUCUUCUCCCCAACCCCGGGCCCAGCUCAAAUCCCUCAGUUUCAGAAACUGCACCUAUAUCCGGGAUGAAUCAGUGUUUUCUCUGGCUCAGCUGCUGGGCAGCAGUCUGCAGGAGCUGGACCUGACCUCCUGCAUCUACCUGACUGACCUGAGUGUCCUUGCCAUUGCCUCCUACCUGCCUAAUCUGCUGGUGCUGCGGCUGGGCUGGUGUAAGGAUAUCACAGACUGGGGGUUACUGGGGAUGGUGGAACCAUCCGUGCAAAGCAAGGAAAUGGAGGAUAAAGGUCCAAGCUUUACCAGGACAUUUGGAAACAUGGGCUUCUUCCAGCCACCCAGCAUGCCAUUCCAGGGGAAGCCAAGGCUGGUCACUGAUGAGGACCUUGGGGCCUUCAGGGAGCAGGAGGGUGCCUCACUGCUGGCCCUAAAGGGUCUACAGACGCUUGACCUGUCUGGUUGUACCAAACUGACAGAUGCCAGUAUAACACAAGUAGUGCGUUUCCCAACACUCCAACGCCUCUCUCUGUCCAUGCUGCCUGAGAUCAGUAAUGAAAGCCUGGUAUCUGUUGCCCAGCACUGCUGCUGCCUGACCAGCCUGGUAUUGAGCCACUGUUCUCAGCUGAGUGACGAGGGCAUGGCCUGUGCCCUGCCCUACCUGCCCAGGCUACAGCACCUAUACCUGGCCUGCUGCGACUCAAUCACAGACAGAUCCCUUACCCUCAUAAGCCGCUACUGUAAGAGGCUAAGGACACUGGACAUCUCCACGUGCAAAGACAUUACGGAAACAAAGGUAGACUUCCUCCAGUCUCAUCUGCCUUACCUGGAAAAAGUCCACUAUCGUUUUGAGGGUGGAUCAGAUCUUAUUCUUACACUUUGAUUGUUAGCAUUUUGGUGUGCUAAAACUAUACUAUACCUGUCUAAUAAAAAGUAGAUUGUAUUACUUUUAGUAUUACUUUAGCAAGCCUUCGAGCACUUCAAAGCACAUGCUGAACUAAAUAAUUUAUAUAUUUCAGUUCAUUCCACUGGGAAACAAUGAGUAUGCUGUAAUAAAGACACUUUUUAUGUACAGAAGGGAAUUGGAGUAUUUAAAGCAGGUUCUUACAUUUAUUUCAAUUCCAUAUAAACAUCUUGUCAUAUGUCACUUUUGCAAAUAAAGCAAACUUUGUUUUUAAAAAAUAUUACCAAAAACACAAUAACUAUAAUGGAAUAACAGACACAAAGUAAUACAAAAAAUAUGGUGUAUGAUAAGUGAUAUGUUGCUUUUUGUUUGUAUAAUAUGGCUAAUAAAAAUGUUGUGCAGUUUUA